AUGAAAGCAAUUGUUUAUCGAGGUAAUAAAAAUAUUGAGUAUACGGAAUCACAUCCCGAGCCCAAUAUUAACCAUGAAGCUGAAGUUAAAAUCAAGAUCCAUUACUGUGGAAUUUGUGGAACUGACUUGAAGGAAUAUUUAGAUGGGCCUAUCUUUUUUGAAGGUGAAACGAGUGAAAUAUCAAACCAUCGUAAAGUUCAGUGCAUGGGACAUGAGAUAAGUGGUGAAAUAACGGAGAUAGGUUCGAAGGUGAGCAAAUUGAAAGUAGGAGACAAAGUAGUCGUUGAACCGAAUGGAACUUGUCUUGAUAGGUAUAGAUUUCCGGAUGCACCCAACUCCAAUAAACCUAAGUGCUGUGCUUGUCAUGAUGGUUAUAGUAAUGUUUGUGAUUACAUUGGCUUGCUUGGCUUGGGCUUUACUGAUGGCGGGUUUUCAGAUUAUUGUGUUGUUGGACAAGAUCAUGUUGUUCCAUAUCCCGAUGACCUUAUUCCUCCUGACGUUGCUGCAUUAACGCAACCAAUUGCAGUUGCAUGGCACGCGGUAAGAACUUCCAAUCUUAAACCUGGCCAACUGGCUUUAGUUUUGGGCAGUGGACCAAUUGGACUUGCUAUAAUCAUUGCCCUCAAGGGACACCAAGCAGGCAAGAUUGUUGUUAGUGAGCCGGCAUUGGACAGAAGAAUAUUAGCUGAAAAGCUAGGUGUUGAAACAAUUAAACCAAAAGACUUUAGUGCAGAAGAGAACGUCAAAGCUUUGAAAGGAAUGACCGACGAUGGAUUUGGUUUUCAUCACAGCUAUGAUUGUUCCGGAUUACCUGUUACAUUCAAUGCAUCGGUUCAAUCAUUAAGGACAUUUGGUACAGCUACAAACGUUGCCAUUUGGCCGCACAAGCCGAUAGACUUCUAUCCUAUGGAUGUUACAUACAAGGAAAAGAUUGUUACGGGGUCUAUGUGUACAACCAUUCUAGAUUUUGAGCAAGUCAUAGAAGCCUAUAAACAAGGACUAAUUGACCCUGAAGAGGUCGAAACUUUUAUUACAAGUAAAAUCCAUUUAGAAGAUGGUAUUGAAAAAGGAUUUAAGGAGCUACUUUAUAACAAGGAUGAUCACAUUAAAAUUCUAUUGUCACCCAAGGAUAAAUACAGAGUUGCUUCAAAAUGA